AUGAAGGUGAGGAAUUUUUUCGGCCUGACUGAUAGCCUACAAGACACCAUUCGGCACCAGCACUUGAAGAGAGAGAUGAAGAUAUGGAAAGAUUUGGAUCAUGAGAAUAUCGUGCAAUUCAUCGGUUUUGCAAUUGAAGAUCGGGGUGCAAUACCAGAGGCGGCAUUAGUGUCCGAAUGGUGUUCAAAUGGGGACCUCGUUCAAUAUCUGCAUCGCAAUCCAUCCUGCAAUCGGCUGGCUUUGCUUCUUGAUGUUGCCCGAGGUCUGACUUACCUCCACGAUCGUGACCCUGUUGUUGUCCAUGGCGAUCUCAAGCCUUCCAACGUAUUGAUCAGUGACACUGGGCAUGCCAAGUUGUGUGACUUUGGCUUCUCUUUGAUAGCGGACGGAUUGACAACAGGGUUCACAUCGUCAGGACCUGGAUUCACCUUACGCUAUUGUGCCCCAGAAGUCCUGGAGAGCGGUAAGAAAACGAGACCCGGUGAUAUGUAUUCAUUUGCCUGUACUUGUGCCAUGGUGAGCCCUUGCAAUUCGCGAACAUAA